AUGGCGGAUCACCCCGAGGACGAGGAGUUGGAAUUAACAUACGAAGUCGAAGAUGACGGAGACGCGUUAAAAGCAGGAGAAGGCGAAGCUCAUAACGAGGACGAAGAGCGGAAAGGUAGUGCUGGCGGCGGAGCAGCCGGAAGCGGCGGCAACGGCGACGGCGAGAACGUUAGUGGCGGCGGCAGCGGAGGCGACAGCGGUGAUGGCGGAGACCGAGGAGGCCAGGGGGGAGUUGAAGGGGCGAUCGCGCACAACGCGCAACCGGGAGGUAAUGCGCAAGAGCCGGCGGGGCAAGGGGGAAGCGUAGGCGGAACUUCAGGCGCGGACGGGAGUUCCUCCCAGGCGCAUCGUCCCGCGCAGGGGAUGGCGGGGCAAGCAGCAAGCGGAGGCGGAAACUCCGGCACGCAGCAGCAGCACGGCGGGGGAAUGGGUGGAAAUCCUGGGCAGAUGGCGCAAGGGGAAGGGCAGGGGGGUGGAGGGUUUCAGGGUCAAGGGGGAAUGGGUGGGAUGGGGCAAGGCGGGAUGGGGCAAGGUGGGAUGGGGCAGGGCGGAAUGGGGCCUGGCGGAGGGGGAAUGGGGGCCAUGGGCGCAGGAAUGGGUGGGGGGCAAGUUGGACCCGGCGGAAUGGGCUCAGGCGGAAUGGGGCAGGGGGGAGGCGGAAUGGGACAAGGUGGAGGCGGAAUGGGGCAGGGGGGAAUGGGAAUGGGUCCUGGCGGAGGAGGAGGCGGCGGAGGCGGCGGCGGGGGAGGCAUGGGCGGAGGCGGAGGCGGAGGGGGAGGCGGAGGGGGAGGGGGGUUUGAGGGGUUGGCGGUGUUUGUGGGGGACCUGCACUGUUCUUUGAAGAAAAAGCCACUGGGCGGUCUAAAGGGUACUGUCAGGUUGAUUUCGCAGAUGCAGCAGCGGCACGUGCUUGUAAAGAGAACAUGGCUGGGCGGCUCUUCAAUGGCCGCCCCUGUAUAG